AUGGCAGUGAUUUCGCAGCUUCGUGAGGUCCUCGGCCGCAAGCAGGCUCCGGUCGAAGAUGCUCCCAUGACAAUCACCACGGCCCUGGAUGUCGCCAACAACGACGACAGGGAACUGGGAGAGAUGCCCCCGGACGACGAGAAACCGACCGAGGAGCAGAGAGUCAGCCAGGAGGUCCAGCACGGUGUCAAGUUGGCCCAGGCCUUGACCCUGACCUGGGGCAAGAAUUCGCUGAUUGCCAUUUUUAUCUUCAUGUGGUUUCUGUACCUCACCAACGGAUUCCAGAGUUCGGUGUUGUAUAGCUUGACGCCGUAUGCGGCCAGCGACUUUGAGUCGCACUCGCUUCUUCCCGUUAUCGACAUUGUGUCCAGCGCCAUGACGGCUUCGGUGUAUAUCCCGCUGGCUAAGAUUCUGGAUCUCUGGGGUCGAGCUGAGGGGUUCUUGCUCAUGGUUCUUUCUGCCACGCUGGGUAUGAUUAUGUUGGCCGCCAGCCAGAACCUCGCUACGUAUUGUGCUGCUACGGUCUUUUGGCAAGUCGGCUGGUCUGGUCUCACCUACAGCAUCGACGUAAUCACGGCCGACUCGACCCAUGUCAAGAACCGAGGGCUGGCGUUUGCGUUCACAUCUUCGCCCUACAUCAUCACCGCGUUCGCCGGGCCCAAGGCCGCCGAGGGUUUCCUCAACAACGUUAGCUGGCGUUGGGGCUUUGGCUGCUUCUCCAUUGUCCUACCCGUCGUCGCCGUGCCCAUGUACAGCAUCCUGAAAUGGAACAUCCAUAAGGCCAAGAAGCGCGGAACUCUGGUGCGGGAGCCCAGCGGCCGUAGCUUUGCUCAGAAUGUCUGGUGGGGUCUGAUCGAGUUUGAUGUUCUUGGAAUCGUCCUCUUCGCCUGCGGUCUCGUCACCUUCCUGCUGCCCUUUUCUCUCGCGAGCACCGCUCCAGAUGGCUGGAAGUCCGGCUACAUCAUCGCAAUGAUCGUCACCGGCUUUGUAGUGCUCGCCCUCUUCAUCCUCAACGAGCUCCACCUCGCGCCCAAGCCUUUCCUCAAGUUCGAAUUCUUCUCCGACAGAACAGUUAUUGGCGUGUGCGUCCUCGACAUUACGUACCAAGUCGCCUACUACUGCUGGAACAGCUACUUCACCUCCUUCCUGCAGGUCGUCAACGACCUGUCCGUGUCCAACGCGGGCUACGUGGGCAAUACCUUUGAUGUGGUUUCCGGCGUGCUCCUCUUCAUCGUUGGCUUCUCCAUCUCCAAGACGGGUCGCUUCCGCUGGCUUCUGAUGGUCGGCGUACCGCUGUACACCUUUGGCCAGGGUCUCAUGAUUUAUUUCCGCCAGCCCGGCCAGAGCGUCGGGUACCUCGUCAUGUGCCAGAUCUUCACGUCCAUCGGCGGGAGCGUCUUUAUCCUCUGCAUGCAGGUCGCCAUCCUCGCGGCCGUGGACCACCAGCACGUCGCCGCCGCCCUCGCGCUUCUGAGCGUCUGCGGCAACAUUGGCGGCUCUGUGGGGAACACGAUCUCUGCGGCGAUCUGGACCAACACGUUUGAGAAGGCUCUGGAACGAAACCUUCCCGCGUCUGCGCUGGAGAGCCUGGCGGAUAUCUACGCGGAUCUCGAUACGCAGCUCAGCUAUCCUGUCGGCAGCGAUGAGCGACUUGCCAUACAGAACGCGUAUGGGUAUGCCCAGACGCGGAUGCUUGCUGCUGGGACCUCGGUGAUGGUUUUUGGCUUUAUUGCUAUCUUCAUGAUCAAGAACUACAAUUUGAAAGAGAUGAAGCAAACAAAGGGGCUUGUGUUUUAA